AUGGACUGGGAACGCAGUAGAAGGUUCGAAGAUCAUCGUGGUAGGGAGAGCUAUCGACCGCCAGCUCCUCGAGGCUACAGUCGUCACACAUCCCCGACACGAACUCGUUCACCUCGGCUUGUCGCUGAUACAUGGGUGCCCUCCUCUAGUCGACACUACGGUCGUUUAAGAAGUCGUUCACCGUUGCCUUUCAGACGUCAUUCUCGAAGUCCACCUUACCGGCACAGAGACUCCGAUCCUGGACUAUUUGCAAACAGUGCUCCAAGGAGAUUCUCGCCUAGACGAGAUGCACGCCUGCGAUCGCCUCAAAUUGGAUGGCGUCCGCGUUCACCGUAUGAUGACCGCCCUCGUGAUAGCUCUCGCGGUCGAUCUACCCCUAGACGGCGAGACCAGAGCCCUCCUAGGCAAGACUUCACGUACUCGAAACGAGAGCGCUACCCACCGACUGUCGAUCGCUACAAAAAAUCUGCGUCUCCCCUGAGGCGGGGUCCAGGUCGUGCCAGUGAUAUCACUCCCCUGACGACAAGUCAUCGUCGACGGAGUUCUUCGCAGGAGUUCCGAGAUCGUCGUCCAGAUAACAAUACAAGCCAGGCACGGCCUUUACCUUCGACUUGGGCUGCUUCAACUAUCCACAAUUCAACCUCUAGCUCUCGUUCGGACUCAAGGCGUUCAUCCCCUUUGAAUGACGCGACCAGGCCGGCGGUGCGCGAAUCGAGAAGCGGGUCACCAGUCAUUCGAGACUUUCCGCAGCGCCGCCUGUCCGUAUCUUCUGAUCAUUCCUCAUCUCGUCAAGCUGAAACAAUCUCGUCAAAUGAACACAAAAGUCAAGGAGAUGCAACAGAUACGCCGCCAGCUUCGGUGCAAAUCACUGCACUUUCAAAUGACCGUGGUGUCUCGGACUCCAUGUUGGGCCGUACAGAGAAUAACCCGGAGUCUGCUGAUGCAAUUUCCGGCGCUACCCCUCAAAGUGGACAGAGGUCCUAUGGCCAGGCUGCAACGCCCAACAUAUCUGCAGGGCCCAAGCCGUCAUUUAGCACUCGGGGCUCCAUGGUAUCCCUACUUUCUGCCCCGACUCGCCCUCGCGGAAAUUUGAAUCCGAAGGAUUUUGCUCGUUCUACUCGUCGUGGACACAUGUCAAUCUCGCAAGCAACUCCUCCCACAGGGCCGCGUCAUGGCCACAUCCCGACUGGACCCAGUGUUGACUCUGAUCGGCAGCAUAUCUAUCGGCAAAAUAGCUUAUCUGGGACGUCUUAUCCUCGCCAAAGGCCCACCAAUUACCUUGCCGGCAUCAAUACAAUUGUCCCAGGAGGCAGACUUCUGGCGUACGACCUAGAUUCUACUGUGGAAAAGCGGCUUGCCCAGUUAGAGAUGGACAAAGAACGGUUAUUUGAACAAAUUGCAGAUAGCCAAAGGCUGAAGCACCUUGUCAUUAGAGACUGGGAGAGGCUAGAUAGAGAGAGCUCUAUCUGUGCAUUGAAGAGUGAGCUAGCAGAGGGUCAUUUGCUAUGUAUUACUGAUGGCGAGAGUAUGCAUACAAGUACCACAUUUUAA